UCCUCGCUCAGCCCUAAGGCGGGUUGAUGUUUAGUGGGGACCAACACGACGUCGGGCCUGAGACCACACACCAAACGACAAGAAUCGGAUCGCCGUCUUAACGCCGUGCCCAUCUUAUCAUCCCUCCUGGCAAUUCCACGGGAAUACUGCUGCUGCUGCUACUGCUGCCGUUGCUGACAUAUCAGUCAUCCUCCCAUCUCUGGGACGACCAAGACCGUUGCCGCUUUUGCUGCUGCUGCUGCUGCUGCCCUCUUCCUCAUCGAAGAAAAGCCCUGAGACGCUUACCACCCACUCACUACUCGCCUAUCCCACUCCCACAUGUGCCAGCAACCCGUUACGGACGGAGCUGACGGGCGAAGUUUUUCCCAAGAGAAGACUGAGUGGUUGACACUUCGUCCGCCCGGCCCUAGCUUUUGGAACGAACCACCUCCCCCACCACACACUCGUAUAUACGAGAUCCACUGACCGACUACAUGCUUAUCAAAGCCCAGAGGGUCCCCCCUUAGCACCUGCGCCACCUCCACCACUUCAGUAAAGGCACACCGCAUGAUUUUCCCACUUGUAUGGCUCGGAAGAUAUUGGGUGGAACCGCGUACCUCGUGUUCGUUCACACUUGCCCAGGGCAGGGAGGGUCAUCCUGAUCCUUUAUUCUCCUUGAGGGAGACAGACCCGUUUGAUGGGCUCUGUUCCCACCAUGCCUUGCAUGGCCACCACACCAGGCACCGAUUCCUUUGGUCAGCGACGAAGGUACUUGUACAGGCUUCGGGCCAAUCAAGCUGGGUGGAAGCCGGCGGCUCUGGUGGUCCUGCCUCACUUUCUGCAGCGUCCAAGCUCCCCAGAGCUCAGGGCACUUGGACUGGUGCCACCUCGACGGUGAGCCCUUCGCCCUAUCAGCAGCUGUACCAGUGCCCUGUCCAAACGCUGCCGAGGUUCAUCUGACUGUUUCCAACGCCCGCUUCCGCCAGCGCGGAACUGACAAGAUCAGUCGAGAACCAUCACCAUCCCCGGGAGUGCUGCUCGGCUGGCACUCCCCCCCCCUCCAAUGCCGGGUCCGAG